UCUUUCUUUCUCUUUCUUUCUCUCUCUCUCUCUCUCUCUCUCUUUCUCUCUCUCUCUUUUAUUUUUCCCCCUUUCCCUCUCUCCCUUCCUUCUGGGCUUAAAAUGGUGUCCAAACUCAGCGCUUUGCAACACGAGCUCCUCAACGCUCUGCUCACCUCGGGAGUCACCAAAGAGGUCCUGAUCCAAGCCCUGGAGGAACUGAUGCCUUCUACCGGCGGCGGCAGCAGCACCACCACCAACAACGUUCCGGCGGCCGGAGGUGGCGGCUACGGGGUGAAACUGGAAAACUUGCAGCUGUCGCCCAACAGCGGCGGCGGAGGAGGGACGGAGGCAGACAGCAAGCCCAUCUUCCACACCCUGACCAACGGGCACAGCAAAGGCAGGCUGUCGGGGGACGAGGGAUCGGACGACGGGGAUGACUUUGACACCCCGCAGAUCCUGCGGGAGUUGCAGGCGCUCAACACCGAGGAGGCGGUGGAGCAGAGGGCCGAAGUGGAGAGGAUGAUCAGUGAAGAUCCCUGGCGAGCCGCAAAGAUGAUCAAGGGUUACAUGCAACAACACAACAUCCCCCAAAGGGAGGUGGUGGAUGUCACAGGACUGAAUCAGUCACACCUUUCUCAGCAUCUGAACAAGGGGACUCCGAUGAAAACGCAGAAGCGGGCAGCGCUCUAUACGUGGUAUGUCCGGAAACAGAGAGAGAUCCUCCGGCAAUUCAACCAGACAGUCCAGGGUUCUGGAAAUAUGACAGAAAAAGGCAGUCAAGAUCAGCUGCUGUUUCUCUUUCCAGAAUUUAACCAGCAAAGCCAGGGUGUGGGCCAGAUAGACGACUCUUGUGCCGAAACACCCAGCAAGAAGAUGAGACGCAACCGCUUUAAGUGGGGCCCUGCUUCCCAGCAGAUCUUGUACCAGGCCUACGACCGGCAAAAGAACCCCAGCAAGGAAGAGAGGGAAGCCUUGGUAGAGGAAUGCAACAGGGCAGAAUGCCUCCAGCGGGGUGUGUCGCCCUCUAAAGCACACGGCUUGGGUUCAAAUCUGGUCACGGAAGUCCGCGUCUACAACUGGUUUGCAAACCGGAGGAAAGAAGAAGCUUUUCGGCAAAAGCUCGCCAUGGAUGCCUACAGCACGGGUCAGCCUCACACUAUGAACCUCUUACUGUCCCAUGGGUCACCUCACCACACUCAACCCAGCUCUUCUCCGCCCAGCAAAAUGCCAGGGAUCCGCUACAGUCAUCCAGGUGGCAACGAAGUCACGUCUUCAACUUCCAUCAGCCAUCAUGGUAACAAUUCGAUGGUCACCACCAGCCAGUCCAUUCUCCAGCCAGUAUCUCCGGCCAGUUUGGACCCAGGUCACAGCCACAGCCUCCUGUCCCCGGACGGUAAAAUGAUUACAGUUUCUGGCGGUGGGCUCCCCCCAGUCAGUACCCUCACCAAUAUCCACAGCUUUUCCCAUCACACCCCACAACAAUCCCAAAACCUCAUUAUGACACCUUUAUCAGGAGUCAUGGCUAUCACACAAAGCCUAAACAGUUCUCAGGCCCAGAGCGUCCCCGUUAUCAACAGCGUAGCCCUACAACCGGUCCAGUUCUCCCAACAGCUGCACAGCCCACACCAGCAGUCAAUCAUGCAGCAGUCGACCAAUCCAAUGGCUCAACAGCCGUUCAUGGCGGCGGUGACACAGCUGCAGAAUUCACACAUGUACGCGCACAAGCAAGAACCUCCUCAGUAUUCUCACACAUCACGGUUCCCUUCAGCGAUGGUGGUCACGGAUACCAGCAGCCUCAGUUCACUAACCAACAUGUCUUCCAAUAAACAGUGUCCGUUACAAGCCUGGUGAUACUCCACCCCAUUCCCUGUGCCUUUAGCAACUGGAAAUUAUUUUUCCACAACAUCCUGCCUGGCCACGAUGAGAUCUUGCGGCGGCUGCAGCAAAAGCCCAAGUAGCUUGCUUAGCUUGAUCCCAAAGAGAUCCUGCUCAGCCUGGAAAGCAGAUUAGAAGUUUCCAAAGACAGCCGCUCUGUGUGUCUUUCCUCAAGGGAUCCGGAACGGUGUCUGCCAGAGCCGAAGCAUUUCCCGUAAUGUUUUCCAAGACUUAUUGCUUCCAGGAUGCCAAAAUAUUUUCCUUCUGGAGGAUAUUUCGUUUCUUUACCAACACACCAGAACAAAACGGAUCCUGAACGAGAAGCUUGGAAGAGAACCGAAAGCUGGAGAUCAAUCGUAUUUAUAUAAAGUGACAUGCUUCUACUGGAGAGGACCAGAGAGAGGACUUGGGGCUGAUACACAUCAGGUUGCGAAGGAGGAACCAUCCGUGCUGUUGAACUGAACCAACUGAAUUGUAUAUAUGAGGAGCUCGGUAUUCCGGCUCUCCCUUCCCCCGUCCCCAUACCUAUCCGCAGAGAUUUAUAUUAAAGAAAAGUUAAUGUUGUCUAUCAAAUGGAUGUAUUAAGAAAUUAAGUGCAAUGCCUCCCUUCCAUCUGUACAUAGGAUCACAACCUCCGCUACCAUGUCUCCCUUCCCUUUUUUUUGUAAGGACAGGAUUUACGUUGCAACGUUUUGGAUUGGCAGAUCAAACGAAUGAAAGGAAACGAAAUCUUUUGGCAAAGACAAACAUUGAUUUAUCGGCGUGUCAUAAAUUCAGCCCAUCGGCCUUUUUUUGAAGUUUUGGGCUGGCUGAUUUCAAAAAAAGGGGACCGGAAGCAGAAUUUGGAUGUUUGGAAAGAAAGCAUUAAAUGGCUGCACGCUGAAUAGAAUUUUAAUCCAUUUUGGGGGCGUGCGUACCGUAAGCUAGGCGAGUUGAUACAGCUGGUCGUCAACUUAUGACCACAUUUGGAACCAGAGUUUCUGUUGCCAAGCAAGCCAGUUGUUAAGUGAAUCAUGGCUGAUUUUACAACCUAUUUUGCCACAGUUGUUACCGUGUUUCCCUGAAAAUAAGACCCUGUCUUAUAUUUUUUUGAACCCUGAAAUAAGCGCUUGCCCUUAUUUUCAGGGAGGUCUUAUUAUUUUGGGGCACAUGGAGCAAGACGGGGCUCCUCUUGCCAUCUUACCUGAUUUCCAGCUCUGUCUCCCUAACCCUAACCAGAGGAAAUGGCAGGGACCGGCUGUGCAUGCGUUUAAAUAUUUUCAGGGAGGGCUUAUUUUCGGGGAAACAGUACAUAAAUCACUGUGGUUGUAAGUGAAUUGUGUGUUAAGCAAAUCAGGUUUUCCCCAUUGGCUUUGUUUGUCCCAAGCUGGCUGGGAAGGUCGCAAACUAACCCCAGCUUAACAUGCUUAACAUCCUCGACUUACGACCACAAUUCAACCCAAAAUUUAUUUUGCUAAGCGAGACAUUUGUUAAGUGAGUUUUGCCCCAUUUUACGACCUUUCUUGCCACAGUUGUUAAGUGAAUCUGGCUUCCCCAUUAACUUUGCUUGUCAGAAGUUUGCCAAAAAUGAUGACAUGCCUUUCGGGAUGCUGCAACCAACAUAAAUAUGAACCAGUGGCCAAAAGUCCAAAUUUUGAUCGUGUGACCCAUGGGAAUGCUACAAUGGUCAUAGAUGUGAAAAACGGUCAUAAGUCACUUUUUUCAGUGCCGUUGUAACUCCGAACAGUCACUAAACAAACAGUUGUAAGACUACCUGUAUUUGCCUUAAUGUAUCUACCAUGUCUUUAUUGAAAUGUAUUGUCUAAACACAAGUAAUGAAUUGGUUCACACUUUGCACUAAACCAUGGUUUGGUUA